AUGGACAAGCAUUGGCACAUUUCGCCAACCCUCGCUGCACUAGAAGACGGCACACGAUUGUGCAGAAUUCUUUCUCAAAAAAAUGGGUUGCAUCUUCCAAGGUGCGCAUUUAGUUGCACUAUCCUCAAGUGUGUGUUACAGCGAAGAAGCCCUUUGGCACAAAAACGCACACAAGCCGUUCUUUCUCCGUCUGUUCCCCCGUUUUCAGAAUAUCGAAUAUCGCAAGUACUGAAACCGAAGUACACACUCAUACACAGCUCUGGCUAG